AUGAGCUCCAAUACGACCAAACCCGGGGCUUCAUCGAAGCCGGGCCAAAGCAAUUUCUCGGCUGGCCCACCGAGUAGCCACGCUUUGUUGUUGGAGAAGUUGAAUCAGAGAUCGACUCCUGACUCGGAAGCGCUGGCAAGCUCAGAUGACGAACCUGAGAAUCACCGCCAGGAUAUUCUUCCUCCUUCAGUCCAGCCGCCGCAGCCGGUUCGCCGGUCAUCCUGGCUGAACGAUACGUCCCAGCAACCUUUACCCCGCCAGGCCCAGAGGAAAGGCUCAUUCGCGGGUAAUCCUAUGUCCCCAACGGGUUCACACCCAGCUACCCCGUCCGGCGAGACGGGGCCCACGGCCUGGGGUUCUCACCCGGCCACGGGUGGCGUUCUUGGACGGUCUCACGUGGGCGGCGGCGCUUUUGCGUGGCCAACCGGCAUCUGGAAUAACGAUCGAAAGGAACCCCCUCCACGCCUGUCGGAGGUUCUACCCUCACCCACCUCCACCGUUGCACCUGGAGGCUCAAACAACUCGUUUUUUGGUGCCGACGCCGGUGUGACGCAGACUUCACCCGCGCCGAGAGACCCUCCCAAUUCACAGAUCCCAUUUCACAUUCCGUUGCACCCAACCCCUAAGACAUACCGCUCUCAGUCCUACUCGGUCGGCCAACUCGAACCUGAGGCCGUCACCCCUAGCAUGGCUCCGCCGCCGGUGAUGGGCACCCGUCGAACGAUGGGGCAUCCCGGCCUCCAGCACCGGCCGUCCCGGCCAAGUAUGCUGAGCGAGGUAUCGAAUGACGGCAACAUGUUAGGAAAGGUGAACGAGGAUGACGACGACGAUAGCAGUGGUUCCAUGCAGGAAAUCCAGCAUCAAGACCAGGCCAAGACGAUCGAAAUGUUGACGCGAGAAAACCAGAUGUUGCGUCAGCAGCAGCAACAACAACAACAAUACCAUGCGCGGCUUCGUCCUAGGGCCUCGACGGCCAGCGCCUUUGGCCUCAAUUCCAGCUAUCUGCAGGAGACGGUGCCGGAAGAAUCGGACUACGCGGUCGACGAGCACGAUGAGCUGAAUGACGGCUCUGAUGCGGCAAUUCGAAUGGGCGUUACGCGGAGGAUGAGCGAGUUUGGCGUCGGUCCUUACAAGAGCCCGUAUACGGUUGAAAACCGGAAUCUUGAAAAUCUCAAGAGGGCGUAUUGGCAGAGCUCACCACCCGGACUGGGUGGCCUGGGGGAUCUCCCCCAAAGCCGACGACACUCGUUCGCAGAUGUGCCCACUCGACAAGCUUCGAUCAGCUCCAUGGGAGGUGACGCUGUCCAAGCUCACGAAUCGGCCGCUCAGGAUCUUGCCCAUGCGCACGACUUUUCGGCUGCAUACCACGAGAGCCAGAGCUACGCCGUAAACAGCCAAGUGUCACCCUACUUUACUGGCGCGGCUGCCCUGGGCGGUGCCCUGGGUGGUGCCCAGCAGGGCCUCGCACAAUCUGCGUACGGUAACCACCUCCCCUCUCCCUAUGCUGGGAUUUCUGGGUCUUACUCCCACCGACCGACCUCACCCCAUCGCAGCAUGUACGGCGUGCCCCAACCGCGGCACAAUCAAACCCUACAUAUUGUGCUCUUCAAAUGCGCUCGGGCCGACGUCUUCUAUAUCCAGGAGGGUACUGGGUUGACAGUUAAACCGGGCGAUCUGGUGAUUGUCGAGGCUGACCGGGGCACCGACCUGGGCACGGUUGCCCAAGAUAACGUUGAUUGGCAGACUGCGAAGGAUCUCAAGGAGCACUACGCCGAGGAGCAAUACCGAUGGCUUAUGAUGUACUCACAGAAUGCUGCCGCGACGCACGAGGGCGCUGGCGCUGGUCUCAUGGCAGCGGCGAACGGUCUCCAGGGCAGCGCCGUCGGCGGUAUGGGUCCGCCAAGCCAAAAUCACCAUAUCCAGGAGCCCGGUUCUGGCGAGCUCAAGCCCAAGCUGAUCAAACGUCUUGCCCAAAGCCACGAGAUCUAUGCUCUACGGGAGAAGGAGGGCAACGAGGCCAAGGCGAAGCGGGUAUGCCAGCAGAAGGUCAAGGAACACGGCCUCAACAUGGAAAUUCUCGACGCCGAGUUUCAGAUGGAUUGGAAAAAGCUGACCUUCUACUACUUUGCCGACACAUACAUCAACUUCAACUCCCUUGUCACGGAUCUUUUCAAGAUCUACAAGACACGCAUCUGGAUGUCGGCCAUAAACCCAGCAUCGUUUGCCAGCCCUACUCUGGGGCUGCAGGCGCCCAGCGGUGUCGGACCCGGGGCGGUGGUAGACCGAUCGACCGCAUCGGCACGCCGUCAAGAGCCGCAGCAAGAGUCGCAGUCUGCUUACGUUGGGUCUAGCCAAGUAGGCCGUGGCCUCCAAUCAUCGUUCACGGCGCCGUUCAAUACCGACCGUGCCGUGGCCCCCGGAUCGAAUUAUCCAGCCACGAACUACCCGUAUAAUCCCUACGGCGCCUUCGCCAAUGCGAAUAGAGCGGGAGCGAUGUCUUAUCCUCCUAGUGUGGCGCAAGGGCCCGACGCCUUUGCGAGCACCUUUUCGCAAGCAGGAGAUUUCAAUGGGCGUGGGCGCUACCCGAGUCCACAAUCUGCCGCCGGCCCCCAACAUGACCAGGCCAUAGCUUCUCUUGGAGCACAUGCCGAUAUGAUUGGGUCAUUCCACGGUCUGUCGCUGAACUCCCGCUAG